AUGGCUCGCGUACUCACAGCAGUCCUCGCGGCCGUCGCUGUCUCGUCGGCCUUCCCAAGGACCGAAGCCGUACUGACAGCUCCCAAUGCUCUCGAUCUCCGCAUCACGACGAAUAUGACAAGUGUGAUUCCCUCGACGCUGUAUGGAUACAUGUGGGAGGACAUCAACCAUAGUGGCGAUGGAGGCUUGUACGCCGAGCUGCUGCAAAAUCGCGCUUUCCAAGGUGUCUUGCCUGGGACGCAGAAUGCCCUCAAUGCCUGGCAACCAUACAAUGGUGCAAGGCUGUCAGUGACGGACAAGACCAGCGGAGUGACCUCCGCAUUGCCAAACAGCCUCCAAGUCCAGUUCCCUAAGACGGUAUUUGGCCCUAUUGGGUUCGAGAAUACCGGAUACUGGGGUAUCAAGGUCCAAGCUGGCUGGACGUACAACGGAUCCUUCUACGCCAAGUCAGACACAUUAACCGGCUGCAUUACGGCGAGUCUGAGAUCAACGACUGGUACGACUUUCGCGACUGCGACAAUCAAAGGCAUUUCUUCGGAAUGGCAGAAAUUCACGUUCCAGUUUGAACCCAAGACUUCAGCCCCGGAUACCAACAAUGUGUUCCACGUCGAAGUGAACGGACCCGAGGCCGCCGGCCAGACCAUCUAUUUCGGCAUGUUCUCGCUGUGCCCUCCUACCUACCUCGGGAGGGAAAACGGCAUGCGGAUUGAUCUUGCUGAGGCACUCGCUUCGACUAGACCAUCGGUGUGGCGAUUCCCGGGUGGGAACAAUCUAGAGGGCGAAAGCUGGGCUGAACGAUGGAAAUGGAACGAGACGAUCGGACCAAUCGAGAACAGGCCUGGCAGAGUAGGCGACUGGGGCUACCCGAAUACAGAUGGUCUAGGUCUGCUGGAGUACCUGAACUGGGCGGAAGACAUAGGCGCGGAACCUAUCCUCGGUAUCUGGUCCGGAACGUCGAUCGGCAAUUACUCUGAUUUACCGACAUGGCCCAUCGUCCCUGAAGCGGACCUUCAGCCGUAUAUUGACGAUGCUAUUAAUGAAAUCGAGUUCAUCACUGCGGAUGCAAAUAGCAGUGAAUGGGGCGCGUUGCGGGCCAAGUAUGGGAGAGUACAGCCGUAUCAGUUGAGAUACAUCGAAGUUGGCAAUGAAGACCAGUUCCAACCAGAAUCAUACGCAGGGUAUCGAUGGAAAGCGUUCACCAGUGCGAUCGGAGAAAGGUUCCCCGAUCUGCAGUUCAUUGCUACGACCUACCCUUCCACCGCUCUCGACCCACCCUACAUGAAAAUCGAUUACCACCAAUACGCGGACCUGACUUGGUUCGAAAAUGCAGCCUUCAUGUUCGACAAUUAUCCCCGAAACGGGACGCAAUACUUCGUCGGCGAAUACGCGGUUACCUCGACAAACGCUUCCGACUAUCUGGGUACUCUGGACACCGGAAGACUAGCAUACCCCAGUCUUGCAGGCGCUGCUGCUGAGGCUGCCUUUAUGACUGGCAUGGAGAGGAACUCAGAUGUUGUCUUUGCCUCAGCAUACGCUCCUAGUCUGCAACAUAUUAGGAGUUACUCGUGGACGCCUGACUUGAUAACCUAUGAUGCCGGUGGGAUCGUCCGGUCAACGUCGUACUAUGUGCAGCAGAUGUUCAGCGUCAACCGAGGCACACACGUGUUGGUUACCACUCCUCCUUCAACUAAUGACACCGCGCCCUUAUAUUGGGUGGCCAGUCACAACAACGAAACAAAUCUUGUGUUCUUGAAGGUGGCGAACACGGGGCCUGACGAUCUAGUGGCCUACCUGCACUUUGACUUUAAUGUCACUAGCCUGUUCGGUACCGCAGUGCAAAUCAGCUCCCCCGUCCUCAGUCCGUUGACUGGGCAGUUCAAUAUAACCAACACACUGGAAGAGCCGGAAAAUAUAAUCCCCGCAUCGUCGAGCUUUUCUAUACCUUACCCCGACAGGUACAACUACACAUUCCCUGCUACGAGUGUAACAAUUCUAGCCUUCGAAGCGGCGGGUAUAGGCAGCUAAGUAACGAAUGACGACGUGUAAUCUCAGACCUAUAGAGGAUGUCCUUGUUGAUUGCGUCCCUCGGUCAAUGAUUCAGUCAUGAAGCUGGGGUUCGGUGUGGCGCGACUGAGUGCAUGAAAUUGUUGUUUGCCUAGUAAGAUCUAUUUUUGUUCAGUUCAUUUCCUGAGUUUCGCUGUUGCUGACAGAGGUAUCAUUCAUAUGACCUGGUAUCG